CUUACUUUUAUUUGGCGGUAAAAAUUAUAUUUGUAAGUUAUACUAUGAUAAAAACAAAAAAAUUAUAACGGGUGAACGGUUGGUGCUUCCAACAUUAAUGUUUAAAAGUGUCCAGGAUAAUAACAUCAAAGUUCGAAAUAAUAAAAACUAAAGACAGGCGAAGUUUGAAGCUUUGUAGAGAGUUAUUUGUAAAUAUGAAUCCUAGUUUUUCGUUCCCAUUCGAACCUUAUGAUAUUCAAAAGAAAUUUAUGAAUGAGUUAUAUUUUACAAUUGAAUACAGAAAAUUAGGUGUAUUUGAAAGCCCUACAGGAACUGGUAAAUCUUUAAGCAUAUGUUGCGGAGCGCUCCAAUGGCUUAAAGAUACCAACUUAAAAGUUGUGGAAGAAUUGAGGAAAGAAAUAAAUCAGCUAAAGCUGGAGCUUUCAACCACAAUAGGUGCUGACGAUUGGCUACAAGAAGAGUAUGAGAAAUUAAAAAAGAAUCAACUAUUGGUAUCAUUGCAGUUAAAACUUGAUAAAAUAAAACAAAGGGAGGAAAAAUUUACUGAAUUGAAAAAAAGAGUUAACAUCCAAAAAAAAAGUUUGAAUAAAAUUGAGCAUCACUUUCCUAAACGGGACAAACCCAAUGAAGUUGACAAAUCCAACGAAGCAGGUGAUGUUAAAGAUUGUGAUGAAAAAGAGAACAUUGAAGACCAAGACCUCAUUGUAGAGGAAUGUCAGAAUAAAGAUGAUGAAUCUGAUUCAGAAGAAACAUGUUUAGAUGAUGAAAAUGAUAGCAAUACAAAAAUUUACAUAAGUAGCAGGACUCACAGCCAGCUGUCGCAGUUCGUGGGGGAGAUCAAGAGGACAGUGUUCAGCAACAGCACUAGGGUGGUCACCCUUGCUUCCCGGCAGCACUACUGCAUUAACCCUGACGUCACCAAGUUGAAAAAUGUUAAUCUUAUCAAUGAACGAUGUCUUGAUAUGCAGAAAUCCAAAACAAAAUCAACAUCAGUAGGGGAGGAAGGCAAAGUCCUAAAGAAGACCAAAACUAGCAGUUGCAAUGCCUGCCCUUACUACAACCUAAACAACAUAACAAAGUUGAAGGAACAGCUUUUAGUGGACAUUAUGGACAUGGAAGACAUAGUCAAAACUGGCAAACAGUUGAAGGCUUGCCCGUACUAUGCUUCUAGAAUGGCCUUGGAUGAUGCGGAGGUAGUUUUAAUCAGUCAUGCAGGUAUAGUAAGCAGCGGGGCAAGAUCGGGCAUCUCUCUGAAACUACAGGAUAAUAUUCUCAUUCUGGACGAAGCGCACGGCCUCACUGCAGCAUUGGAAAACGCUCAUUGCGCUCCAGUGUCGGCCAAACAACUGUGCUCUGUCAAGACAUUCCUAGAGUUUUAUAUCAAUAAAUACCAAGCCAGAUUGAGUAGCAGGAAUCUGUUGCAGUUGAAUCAAGUCAAUUUCGUCGUGGGGAAGCUUUUAGGUUUAGUACAGUCAAAAACAGCAAAUGAUAAAACGGGGGAUGCAACAAUAUUUUCACUCGAAGAUUUUGUUAUAAAAGCGGAGAUAGACCACCUCCAUUUGCGUCCGCUAGUGGAAUUCUGUAGAAGCACUCGCCUGGCGCCCAAGCUUCACGGCUUCUCUAUGAGGUACAGCCAGCAAGCUCUCGAGGAAGAAAACAAAAAAGUUGAAGUCAAAAAAGCAUCGUUUAAAGAGUUCCUCAGCAACAUGUCUAAGAAGAAAAACCAGGAUGAGGUCCUUGGAGAUUUGCACAAAAGUGAAAUAAAAGCAUCUAACCAGACAAACAGCGUACCAACAGAAUCGUCCGCCGGUAGCGGGCUGUACGCCGUGUUGGACUUCCUGGAGAUGCUGUGCGGGCGCAGCGCGGACGGGCGCGUGCUGGCGCGGCCGGGCGACGGCGGGAUGCUCAAGUACUUGCUGCUCAACGUCGCCGAACACUUCGCGCAAGUGGUCCAACAGUGUCGAUCGGUGAUAGUAGCAGGCGGUACCAUGGAACCAGUGGCAGAGUUCAAAGCUUUGCUCACAAACAAUAGCCUUGAAGUGGACAGGGUGAACGUAGUCAAGUGUGAACACGUCGUGCCCCCAGGCAAUGUGCUGGGCGUAUGCCUUUCCAAGGGGCCUUCCAACAUUCAGUUGAAUUUCUCCUACGAAUAUCGUGCUUCGAAAGACUUGUUGAACGAAGUUGGCAGAGUAUUGAGAAAUGUUUGCAGCAUAGUCCCGGACGGCGUGGUAUGUUUUGUACCGUCGUACUCCUACGAGCAGAUGUUGUUCGAACACUUGACCAGCACUAAAGUAAUCGAAAGUAUCAGCAAGAAGAAAAAGAUAUUUCGAGAACCAAAGUCUGCCUCGGAAGUAGAUCAGGUUUUACAUAAAUAUGCCGCAGCGAUAAAGAAUAAAGAAUCAUCGGAUCUCAAUGGCGCACUUUUAUUGAGCGUCGUUGGAGGAAAAUUGAGUGAAGGAUUGAAUUUCAGUGAUGAUUUAGGUCGCUGUGUGAUGGUACUAGGCAUGCCGUAUCCGAAUGUCAAAUCACCAGAGCUUCAGGAGAAAAUGAAUUAUCUCAAUAAAUCGACCCCUGGAGCAGGCAGUGUUUACUAUGAAAACCUAUGUAUGAAGGCAGUCAACCAGUGUAUUGGAAGAGCAGUUCGUCACGCUAAUGAUUAUGCGUGUGUUUUGUUGGUGGACGAGAGAUAUUCGCGGCCUCAAACUGUAGCAGCGCUGCCCUCUUUUGUACAGAAAUCUUUGAAAACCAACUGCACAUUUGGACAGACUAUUGGGAGUAUAGCCAAGUUUUUUGCAAGGCAUAAAGAGAAGAAGUAAUAAUAUGUCAACAAUUUAAAAUAAUUUAUUUGUACAUAUUAAAUAAAAUAAUAGUUAUGAUUACAAUAAACAUUUCUA